AUGGCUGAUGAACUGCAAGCUUUCGAUAAAACUCAUACCUGGGAUGUGGUUGAUCUUCCUCUUGGAAAGAUUCGCAGCUUACUUGCAGUUGUUGCUGCUCGCCACUGGAAUCUUUUUCAAAUGGAUGUCAAGAAUGCAUUUCUCAAUGGUGACCUCACUGAAGAAGUGUAUAUGCAACUCCUCCUGGUUCUUCUGUUCCAUCAAACAAAUGCCCAUGAUUCUGCCUUGUUUAUACGUAAGACGAAGCGUGGUACUAUUCUCCUUCUACUCUAUGUGGAUGAUAUAAUUAUCACUGGAGAUAACACAGCCAGGUAUACUUCUGAUCUCUUGGCUCAGGCUGGUCUUAUCGAUUGCAAGACUGCCACUACUCCGGUUGAUCCUCAGACUCGUCUUACCCCUCUUAACGUUAGUUCAUGGUUGCUCCUCGUUCUCCACACUAUGAUGCUCUGGUUCGCAUUUUGCGCUAUCUCAAAGGAACUCUGUUUCAUGGUCUUCACUACUCCUUCCACUCUUCUCUACAACUGCAUGCAUUUUCUGAUGUCGAUUGGGCCGAGGAUCCUACUGACCGUCGUUCCACUACUAGGUUCUGUUUUUUCUUGGGCAACUCUCAUUUCCUGGCGUAGCAAGAAGCAACUUGUUGCUCGUUUUAGUACUGAGACUAAGUAUCGUGCUCUUGCUGACACUACUCAAGAGCUUGUAUGGCUUCGUUGGCUUCUUUCUGACAUAGGAGUUUCUCAUUCUGCUGCCACCAAUCUUUAUUGUGACAAUCAGAGUGCUAUUUAG